GCCAACCUCUCGUCGUCGAGCUCGUCAAGCUCCUCGUCGUCGUCCUCGGACAGCAGCGGCCCCAGCCCCGCGGCGUCGCCGUCCAGAGGAUCGUCGUCCGGCCGCCGCCGCAGCAACGCCAGGUCAUGCGAGGUGAUGCCUGAGGGAGCCCGCGGGGCCAGCCCGCUUGGCCAAUGGCCGCACAACCUGAGCGCCACCUUGGCGUGCCUCGGCUGCACCGUCGGCCUCUUCAACAUCUCCAGGUUCGCGGUGCUCAGCGUGCAGUUCGGAGCCAACUUCAUAAUCCAGUUCCUACUCCUGUCGGCCGUCUUCGGCGUGCCGCUCUACACAUUUCAAGUAUGCCUGGGUCAGUUCCUCGCGGCGGGUGCCGUGGACAUGUGGAGGAUAUCGCCCGUGUUCCAGGGCAUCGGCAUCGCGCUGCUCGUGUCGCAAGCCCUCAUCGGCGUGUACAGCACGGUGGGCGUGUCGUGGAUCUUCAUCUACUUCAGGGACUCGUUCAUCACGAAGCAGGACCGCUACCGCUGGGCCGAGCCCUUCGACCUCUACAGAGAAGACCAAAGACUGUACUACAACGCCACGCCGCACCUGGAGCACACCGUGCCGGACUACCUGAACGGCGUCGUGCUCCAGCGCCACAACCUGGCCCAGCCUGAGAACUCCUUCGGCCACAUCAAGUUCCAGGUGGCCUUCAACCUGGCCGUCGUCUGGAUGAUCGUCUUCGUCUCGCUCAGCAAAGGGCUGCGGUCCUACGGCAAGGUGGUGUACGUGUUCUCCGUGGUGCCCGUGUUCGGCAUGCUGGUGCUGUGCACCAAGAUGCUGGGACUCAUGCCCCGCGACUCGAACCACCAGGUGUUCCCGGAGACCGAGUGGACCGACUUCUUCACCAACUCGGAGUGCUGGGUGUCCGCCACCACCGAGGUGUUCCUGACGUGGGGGCUGCUGGGCACGGCCGCCAUGCAGAUCGCCUCGCACAACAAGCAGAAGAAGUUCCUGCAGCGCGACUCGAGCCUCGUCAUCGUGUUCACCGUGUCCAUGCUGCUGCUCGCCGCCUUCCUGGCCAACAUGUGCGUGGCCCUCCUCAAGGCCAACGGCUUCAACUGCGUGCCCAGCUCUUUUGAGCGGAUGUCGACGUACCAGUUCCUGCAGCCCGUGGUGCUGGACCGCUACCAGGCGCCUUCGCAGUACGGCAGCACCCGGCCGGCCAAGAUGUCGCACUCGUCCUACGUGAUGGGCGACCGCGUGCAGCGCCCGGGCUCCAACACGGCGCAGGAGAGUGGCUACCAGGUCCUGCGGCUCGCCACCGAGCUGGUGCCCGCCACGCUGGCGCUGCUGGGCGCCGACCAGGUGUCUCCGUUCUGGGCCGUGCUCUUCUACUUCGUGCUCAUCCUGUUCGGCAUCGCGCAGCAGCUGGCCAUCUGGCACUGCGUCAUCACGGGCAUCAUGGCCAUCAACGCGCCCACCCUCAAGUCCUGGGAGACGACCAUCACCUUCUUCUCCUGCGCGUGCGGCUUCAUCCUGGGGCUGCCGAUGACCACCGAGCUGGGCAUCUUCGUGGUGUACUUCCUGGACUACUGCGUGGGCAGCGGCUGGUGGAUCAUGGCGCUGCAGCUGCUGCAGGUCGGCGCCGUGCUCAUGGUGCGCGGCAGGCCCUACAGUGGCGAGAACAUCGCCGGCAUGCUCUUCCACAAGACCACCUCCUGCCUCAUCACCUGGGCCGCGCCCAUGCUCACCUUCACCUGGAACGUCAUCCUGCCCGUCAUCCUCAUGGUGGUGUGCAUCACGGUGUUCAAGAAGGGCGGCUCCAGGGACCUGUACUCCUGGCACGUGGGGCUGGGCUACGACUACUGGCCGCUGUGGGCGCGCGAGCUGGGCACCAUGCUGCAGCUGCUGCCGCUCCUCACGGUGCCCGUCGUGGCCCUCAUCCAGACGUGCCGCUACCUCUCCGGCGGACCCCCCGACAUAUUCGACCGAAUCCAACUUCUAUACCGUCCUCCCGUGGACGGUGACGGCAGUCUUCACGACCUCUCGACGCAGACGGACGCGCCGGCGGACGGCGGGCCUGGCGGCGCGAGCGGCGGCAACCAGGAGAACGCCGUGAUCGAGGACCCGCCGCCCAAGUACACGCCGCCGCCGUCGUACACCACGGCCACGGGCGCGAGGAUCGCCAAGAUGCUGCGCCAGAGCUUCCGCCGCAGCGUCCGCCGAAUCCAGCUGGCCGUGAGCAGUGUGGGCGCGGCGGGCCCCGGCGCCAUGUCCGCCGCGUGGGGGGCCGACGCCGUGCCCGCCGCGCCCGUGGACCAGGGCGUCGCCGGCACCGCCCCGCCCGCGCCCGACCCGGCGCCGUCGCCAGCGCCGCCCGACUACGCCGCCGUGCUGGUGGAGAUCAGCCAGGCGUCGUUGCACGACGUGACCAUCGUGCUCAACGACGAGGACGCCGCCGACGCCGCCAGCUUACCGCCAGUAGCCGCGCCGUCACCAGUGCCAUCGCGCGCGCAGGGGUCGUCGCCUGUGCCGUUGCGCGCGCAGGGAGUCGUCGCCUGUGCCAGGACGCACUCGUCGCAGAUGACGGCGGCCGACGUGGCCAACGUGCUCCGCAGCAGCGUGCGGCGCCCCACGCCGCCGUCGGCCGCCGCCACCGCGGCCACGCGCACGCAGAGCAUGUGCGCCAUGCGGACGCGGCAGUCGCAGCGGCGCCCGCGCACCAUCACCAUCGGCACGGCCUCCGCGGCCCCCGCCAGCGUCGCCGUCACUGUCAGCGACGAGGACGCCGUCGACCCCGAGAAGGCCGUCGCGAACCUGAGGCAGGCCGACAACCCCAGCAGGCUGUCGUCCGUGCCCAGCUGCGGCUCCAGCCGUAGCUCGUACUGCAGCGCUGCCGGGGGCGACGGAGGCGACGGAGGCGACGGGGGCGAGGCGGCGUCAGGGCCAUGCCGCCCCGAGCACACCGACGUCGACACCGAGGAGGACUCGGACGGCAGCAUGGUGUAG